AUGGCACCUAACGAUAUUUUAAGUGGCAUGUGGUUCCCUAGUGAUAACUUCAAACAGAAAGUUACUGGAAAGCUCACGGUGGACGGCGUGGAAAAGCCGGUAACCAAGGACGUCCUCCUUCUUUCGCACCCUGAUGUCAUCAACCUGAUGAAAUAUGUUUGGGCUGGCAGUUUCCUUCCUACCUCACAGCAGGAAUAUGGUGAACGUAUGCAAAUCGAUCUUAAAACGCUCCCAAAAAAGAUUAGCACUGAGAUGGACAAGCUGGUUGGGGAGUAUUCAAAAAUCAAAAAAGAUAACUCUACAUUCCGUGAUACCACUUGGAGAGGGAUAAACAAUUUAUCAGAUGACAUUGUCAAUUACGCCAAGCUUGCUGGGGGUGACAUGAAAAGCUCCUUUUAUGCUAACCUUGUUCAGGCAAUUGGCGACUACUUUUUAGCCAAGGAGAAGGGGGAUAAAGGGGCGAUGGCCGAAGCAAAAGAGUCCGUCGUCCAAUUUGCCGAAAAGCUGCUUGCGGCGGUCGGCGACCUUGCACAACGGGCUCGAAAAGUUCGCGAUGAAAUUGACGACUUCAAGAACGUUACGACGAGCCACCAAGUGAGUUUGACUACAACCCAGGUAUCCAUCAAGUCUUUGCUCGAAGGGGAAAAGGGGGAGAUCCAAAAGUUGGAGAAGGAUAUCAAGGAACAACAGGACAUUUUGAGGAAGGAGAACGACGAGCUAGAGCACGAUAAACUUGUUGCAGAGACCACACCGUCAUAUGCGUGGUGUGGGGUCUUUGGAUUCAUUGCGGCUGUUUCCGUGGCUAGUGUUUAUGGGAUGAAGAUCAAACAAAUGAAGGAUGCCAUUGAUGAAACCGAAAAAAAUAUCAAAACAGACCAGGAAGAGCUGCUCACUUGCCGUACGAUUAACGCUGACGCCCAACGAAUGACGGAGGAUCUUAACAAGUUUCUGCCCUUAUUCGCGCCUGCCAUCAAAACACUCGAGAUUCUAGAAGGUAUCUGGCAGAAGAUAGGGGGUGAUCUCAAAGGAAUUCAUGAUCUUUUCAAAGUUCCUGGCGAAGUCCCAACCGUCAGGGUCGAGCAGGUCGAGUUACAAAACAUGAUGGAUCGCUGGAAUGAGAUGGAAAAAUAUGUGGAUGAAUAUCGCCAGAAGGUGCACCUCAGUGACCCAGAGAUCAUGACUCUUGAGCAGUGGAAAAAGGCAAUCGAGAAAAAACCUUAG